AUGAAAAAUGUUCCUCUUCAGGCAGAAGCUCGCACAGAAGAGCGGGGCAUCAUACGCAAGGAAUUUCGCGAUCGAUUCAACAGAGAGCUUGCAGAGCGGAAAACAUGGGAAGAGAUUUAUCUCGGCCAGCUGGAAGAGCGGAAGACAGAGCUUAAGACCGCGGAAACGAAACCUCCUACUCCAUCAGAAGGACAGAGUGUAGAGCAAGUGGAUAUAGGACAAGAGGUUCGGGAAGACGAUCCUUCUGCUCAAUUAUAUGGAGAGUUGAUAGAUCGGGAAAUUAGGCAACAUAAAUUUCUUGCUGAAGUAGCAGAGAUCAGAAUUCGACAAGAUAAACUUUUCGAACGCUUUGAAGAGCAGCGCAAAAAGGCCGAAGAAGAGGCUUUUUACAGAUCCAGGGGGCGGACAGAAUAG